AAAACUCAAAAGAGAUGGAUUCAGAAAGUAAGAAACAACAGCUUAACAAAAGAGAAAUCGCAAGUGCAGCAGAUCCUUCUUCUCUCUCAAAGAAGAAGCGAAAGGUCAUCAAGAUGGAUUUGCAAGAAGCGAUGAAUAAGCAGAACGACGUUGCCCUGUUCCUUGCGGGGAAAGUAAUCUCUACCGUAGCCAAAAACUCCAACUUGGUCUUCUCUCCGGCAUCUAUCAACUCUGUUCUCACCAUGACCGCUGCUACCUCCGACAGCGAGGAACUAAGAUCCUUCAUCCUCUCCUUUCUUAGGUCUUCUUCAACUGACGAGCUCAACGCCGUCUUCCGCGAAGUGGCUUCAGUCGUUCUUGUCGACGGAAGCAAUAGAGGUGGCCCCAAAAUCGCAGCGGUUAAUGGAGUUUGGAUGGACCAAUCACUCUCGUGUAGUCCUAAGUUGAAAGAUGUCUUUGAGAAUUUCUUCAAGGCUGAUUUUUCUCAAGUUGAUUUCCGAUCCAAGUAUGAAGAAGUGCGUGAGGAGGUGAAUUCGUGGGCAUCACGUCACACCAAUGGUCUCAUCAAAAAUCUUCUUCCUCCUGGAUCCGUUUCAGAUGAAACCACUCAGGUUUAUGGCAACGCAUUGUACUUCAAAGGAGCCUGGAAAAACAAAUUCCCUAAGUCAAUGACGGAACACAAACCUUUCCACCUUCUCAGUGGAACCUCAGUGUCUGUGCCAUUCAUGAGCAACUAUAGGGACCAAUACAUUAAGGCUUAUGAUGAUUUCAAGGUCCUCUGCCUUCCUUACCAACAAGGUGAUGAUGAUACCGAACGCAAUUUCUCAAUGUAUAUCUAUCUUCCGGACAAGAAAGGGGAAUUGGAUAAUCUUUUGAAGAGGAUGACAUCUACUCCUGGAUUCUUGGAUAGUCACAUUCCGAGACAAAGAGCUACAACUGGCGAAUUCAGAAUCCCAAAGUUUAAGAUUGAGUUCGGGUUUCAAGCUUCAAGUGUUUUUGAUGACUUUGAGCUUAAUGUGUCAUUAUACCAAAAAGCUUUGAUUGAGAUAGAUGAAGAAGGUACUGAAGCUGCCUCUGCUACUAAAGGAGGUAGACGAGGUAGCCGUGAAGUGCCGAAGAGGAUAGAUUUUGUGGCAGAUCAUCCAUUUCUUUUCUUGAUUAGAGAAGACAAAACCGGAAUUGUUUUGUUCGCUGGUCAAAUGUUUGAUCCUUCCAAAUCUUCCUCUGCUUAGCUAGGACCAAGCUUCCAAAUCUUCUUAUGGUACUCUUAGAUAUUUUAUUAAGAUUUUGAUUCUUAUUUGUAUUAGUUAUAUAUCCUAGUC